UGGUUCGAAUUGAGUGAGUGCGGAUUGUACCUUACUGUACACCACGUGGUUUUGUUUACAAACAAAACAUGGGAUUCGACAAAAAGAAGAAAAAGUUAAGAAAAAAGAACAGACAGACUAAAUCUACGAUAGUUUUUGAUGAAAAGGCUAGAAAGGACUAUCUGACUGGUUUUAGGAAAAGAAAAGAUGAAAGAAGGAAGAAGGCGCAGGAACAAGUUCAAAGAAUGAUUAAAGAAGAUAGAAAACUUUUAAAGCAAAAGAUGAAGGAGUUUGAAACGGUGAAGACUCGGUACCAGCAGUUGCCCACAGAUCUUGAGCUGAUUGCGGAGAGACAAGUGACAGAACUGCCAAACCAUACAGUCACCAUCACAGACAUUUCUGAUAUUGACCUUGCUGGACAUGCUGGAACAAGGCUUGGACUAAACCAGGUGCUUGAUUCAGGCAGUGAACACAAUGAUAGUGAGCCUGAGGAGGAGAAGCCAGUCUCUCUAAAUAAACAUGACAAGGCUCUCAAGAGCAUCAAGACCAAGAUUUUCAAAACAUCAAAACACGUAAAAAAGAAGUCACAGAAAAAGACGACAAAGACAUUGUCUAAGAAGGAAAGGCACAAGAAAACUUUCCAAAAUUAACAUCCUAGUUUUCAAAAUGUUGACAUUAAAAUCAGUAAAACUUAUUUUUCACCUAAUUUAAAUAAAACGGAAACAACACCUC